AUGGCCGAGAUCACCAAUAUCCGACCUAGCUUUGAUGUGUCACCAGUGGUGGCUGGCCUCAUUGGGGCCUCUGUGCUGGUGGUGUGUGUCUCGGUGACCGUCUUUGUCUGGACAUGCUGCCACCAACAGGCAGAAAAGAAGCACAAGAACCCACCAUACAAGUUUAUUCACAUGCUUAAAGGCAUCAGCAUAUACCCAGAGACCCUCAGCAACAAGAAGAAAAUCAUCAAAGUACGGAGAGACAAAGACGGCCCUGGGAGGGAAAGUGGACAUGGGAACCUGUUGGUAGACGCAGCAGAGGCUGGCUUGCUGAGCCGAGACAAGAGUCCCAGGGGGCCUAGCUCUGGAUCUUGUAUAGAUCAAUUACCUAUCAAAAUGGACUAUGGGGAAGAACUGAGGAGCCCCGUUAUGAGCCUGACCCCCGGGGAGAGCAAAACCACCUCCCCGUCAUCUCCAGAGGAGGAUGUCAUGCUAGGAUCCCUUACCUUCUCAGUGGACUAUAACUUCCCAAAAAAAGCCCUGGUGGUGACAAUCCAGGAGGCCCAUGGGCUGCCAGUGAUGGAUGACCAGACCCAGGGCUCUGACCCCUACAUAAAAAUGACUAUCCUUCCUGACAAGCGGCAUCGAGUGAAGACCAGAGUGCUGCGGAAGACCCUGGACCCUGUGUUUGAUGAGACCUUCACCUUCUAUGGCAUCCCCUACAGCCAGCUGCAGGACCUGGUGCUGCACUUCCUUGUCCUCAGCUUUGACCGUUUCUCCCGAGAUGAUGUCAUUGGGGAGGUCAUGGUGCCACUGGCUGGGGUGGACCCCAGCACAGGCAAGGUACAACUGACCAGGGACAUCAUCAAGAGGAACAUUCAGAAGUGCAUUAGCAGAGGGGAGCUCCAGGUGUCUCUGUCCUAUCAGCCUGUGGCACAGAGAAUGACAGUGGUAGUCCUCAAAGCCAGACAUUUGCCGAAGAUGGAUAUCACCGGUCUCUCAGGUAAUCCUUAUGUCAAGGUGAACGUCUACUACGGCAGAAAGCGCAUUGCCAAGAAGAAAACCCAUGUGAAGAAGUGCACUUUGAACCCAGUGUUCAAUGAGUCUUUCAUCUAUGACAUCCCCACUGACCUCCUGCCUGACAUCAGCAUCGAGUUCCUUGUCAUCGACUUUGAUCGCACCACCAAGAAUGAGGUGGUGGGAAGGCUGAUCCUGGGGGCACACAGUGUCACAGCCAGUGGUGCCGAACACUGGAGAGAGGUCUGCGAGAGCCCCCGCAAACCUGUGGCCAAGUGGCACAGUCUGAGCGAGUACUAA